GGACCCGAUGUUCCUGGAACCAUACUGGAUGCGGCACGCGGAGGCCAGCGCCGUGGUGGUCUCCGGAUGGCACCGCAUGAGCUACAGAGCCACCGACGGUCUCUUCCAGUCCGUCGAGCUCGAGCGCUGCAUCAGGCGGCUGCACAGGGCCGUCGGCAACGCCGUCGCCGACGACAAGCAAAUCGUCUUCGCCACCGGCUCCAUGCAGCUGAUCAACGCGCUGGUGUACGCCCUGUCCCCAGACAGCAACUCCGGCUCGACGGCCAACGUGGUCGCCACCACGCCGUACUACCCGGCUUACAGAACGCAGAUCGUGUUGUUCGACAGCCGGGAGUACAAAUGGGCCGGGAACACCUCCAUGUGGGCGAAAGCGUCGGGGAACUCCACCACCAAGGAGGACGUCAUCGAGUUCGUGACGUCGCCGAACAACCCCGACGCCCUGCUCCACCAGCCCGUCGUCGUCGGCUCGUCGGCGAUCCUCGACCACGCCUACUUCUGGCCGCACUUCACGCACAUCCUCGCGCCCUCCGACGCGGACGUCAUGCUCUUCACCACCUCCAAGCUCUCCGGCCAUGCCAGCAGUCGAUUCGGGUGGGCGCUGAUAAGGGACGAGAAGGUGGCCAAGAGGGUCAAUGACUACAUUAUGCAGAACACCAUGGGCGCGUCCCGCGACACCCAGCUCCGGAUGCUUGCCAUCUUCAAGACCAUACUGGCCAACCUGCACGGCAAGGAGGACAUCUUCGCCUUCGGGCACGACGUGAUGACGGCCAAAUGGCGCAAGCUUAGCGCCGUCGUGUCGCACUCCCGCCGGAUCUCGCUGCAGAACAUCCCUCCCCAGUACUGCACCUACUUCGACAAGAUCAGGGAGCCAUCCCCAGCUUAUGCGUGGGUCAAGUGUGAGAGGGAGGAAGACAGUGACUGCUCCGACGUGCUGCUCAAGGCCAAGAUAAUCACACGGUCCGGCGUCUGGAACGAUGCCAGCAGCCGGUACACGAGGAUAAGCCUCAUCAAGUCCCAGGACGACUUCGACCUGCUCCUCGAGAGGAUCACAGAAUUUGUCGAUGCCGAGCUCACCGCUGCUGGUUCCAACUCCAUGUGAUGUCC